AGAAAAGUGAAUUCAAAAAAGUCGCCCGUUAUCAAAGUGCAUAAUAUUCCCUCCCGUUUUCCCUGCACCAUCCACAAAACCUAGGGUUUAUCUCUUUCUCCCUUCAAAUCCGUCACUUCCCGUCACCGUCACCGUCACUGUCACCGGUCAUUCCUCUUCCAUUGAUUCUCCGAAAAUGAACCUCAACCAUUACCACCACCACGUUCCCCCUUACGAGCACAUGCUGAAGGAAUCCAUCAACCGCUUCUUCGCCGAACACCGCCGCGGCGCCACCGACUUCGCCGACUUCACCUCCAUCUUCUCCCGCAUGAUCCACGCUACCCCCGAACCCCCCAUCCCACUCCUCUGGUUCUACGCCGCCCUCGAAUUCCGCGCCACACGCGAUCCUUCUAGAAGAGCCAGAGACCUGUUCCACUUACUCGUCUCCUGUUCCGGUGCGCGCGGGUCCACGAAACAAAUCGCUGCACUCGCACCGUUACUCUUCGUCUUACACCGCUUAGCACUUCUUCAACAAGGGGAAUUGUUGAAAACCGAGCUGAAUGGGUUGGUGGAAGGGGUUGUGAGUUACUGCAGCAUCUGUUGCGGUAGCGAAAUUUGCCGCGACGAUGACGUGGCGGUGUUGGAGUUUGGGGAUUUGAUUAAGGUUUGGAUGGUGGAUGAUCAUGACCAUGACGGUGGGGUUUUAGGGUUUUUCCCUUUUGUGAGUGGUGAAUUUAAGAAGGGGAUUGAGAAGGGUUGCGAGGUUGGGGUGUUGGCUGGGAUUGUUAUGUGGGAAGCGCUUUUGCUAAAGCUCUGUUUGGCGUUCGAGAAAGGGAUUGGCAGGGCGGAGCAGGAGAAGAAGCUCAUGGCCUCCGCCGUUCAGACCAUCACAGGGUUUCGGAGCUUUGGCUUCUUGGAUGCCCUUUUCAGGAUGAUGUUGGAGCGAGUUUUGCCAGUGACCUCUCUACUGGGUUCUGAAAAUGAAGUUCUUUUAAAAGAAGUCCUGUACAAUUCUGUGAUGAUGAUAGACUAUUCAUUCAUUAAUCCUCAAGCAGAAUUUUUACUAUAUGCCAACAGCUUGAAAGAUGUUGCUAUAAUUUGGUUGUUUGUUGCUGAGUUAGCAGUACAGUCUGCUAGGGAAAAAGGUGAUCAUGGGAAAGCUAUGUCUUAUAUAAAUGCCUUCUGUAGAUCCUGCAUACCCAUUCAAUUGAUCAACUGGGUUACUAAUCAAAAUUGCGUAGGCAGAAAGAUCACCAGACCAAAUGUUUCCACUCCCAUAGCUCUCAUAAAGUGGCUUAUUGUUGUUGAGGAACAAGGAAUUGCAGUUUUUGCUGGUGAAACUGCCAAGCAGAUAAACAUCAUGUUCAAAGCUAACUUUUUCACUUCAAGAACUGAGUGCUUGCUUCCAGUUAUCAAACAUUUCUUUAACAAUCUGGAUAAGAAUCUCUAUUUGAAUUCUGUGAAUGGAGAAGCCGGGGCAGAUAAACUUGAUGGUGAUGUGGAGAUGCUUGAUACUGCAGACACUGUAAGUUUGCCUGCUGCUGAUAGUGUGAACAGAGUUAUUGAUGGAACAAGAAAACGCAAAGAAGGGAUUGAGGAUGAUACUAAAACACAGCUAAAGUAUAUGAGAUGUCAAUUUCAUGAGAAUUCAGUCAGAGAAAACUCGUUUAUAUUCAGGCAACAGUGAUGCUUUGGAUGGAGGGAGCACAUUGGAUUUGGAUAUUUUGAUGUAACUAAGCUCCAAAAGUAAUGGAGCAAUAUGAUAUAUGGUAGAUGAAACCGGGUAAGGACGCUGGGCUAAUAAUUGUUUGUGACCAUCCUUGUUUGUUGGUCACUUUUGGUGCUAGGAUUUUGUAAACAUUGGGCCCAAAAACUUCUUCAAUAUAGAUCUUCGGCUAAAAGUAUAUAUAUAUUUGGAAAUUCGUUCAACACGAGUUUUCAAUUACAUUCGUUCAA